GAUCCGCCGAGAACGUGACGACGUGCAUGCAAAGUAUUAUAUUAUACAAAUAGUGUGCGUAACAAGUAAUGGCCUACUGACAGGAACGAUUCUUAUUUAAUACGAAGAUGUGCAGAUUAUCCAUCAAUUCCUUCAUCGCCAGCUGGCUAUUAUUCUGUUUGAUCAAUCCGCUUUGCAGUGAAGCUGAGAAGUCGUAUCGGUUUCCUUAUGAGGCCAACGAUCCCGCGUACCACCAAUUUCAGCCGUUACAAUCCGAAGCUGCAUCCAUCGAAGAACGGCACCGAGCUAACAACCCGGAACUUCUCGAGAAAUCACAUUACAACCUUUAUCAUCAUAAUUAUCAACCUAAUGCUGUGCACUCUAGGAUAUCUUCAAAGAAUAUCUAUCCUGCUGUUCAUGUGAAGUCAAACGUUGCAAAAGCUAUACCAGAAUAUCAGGUGGAAAAAGAGUACAAAUCACGUUAUGGACUUUUAGGAUCUCAAUAUGUUAAAAAUCAGCGGAUUCUUAAAAAGGAAAGCGACAUACGAUUCCCGCAACAGGACGAGGAAGUUCAAAGAAGAGAUGAAGAAAUAACAAAGAAAAUGAAUGCGUUAGACAAAUAUUUGUCCGAAGAUAAUGAUGACAAUAACGUCGAAUCGAAGAACACUAUUGAAGAAAGAAGCAUCGUAGAGACGAAUAUUCCUGAAGAGACGAAGAGGGUUGUUAGACAAGUUCGCAGACAACGGCCAGGAUUUUUUUGGACUUUAGCGAGACUUGCUUUUGAGACCUUCAACGACACGCGAUCGGCAAUUCAACAAAUUAGCAAUAUUAUUAAUGAAAAUUUCGAACCGGACACUAGCACGCGACAGCCAGUCACCAGUAAUUCAUUUAUGGUCACCAGUGCAACAGUCGCGUCAUCGAAUGACCAGAGCAAUAUGUCAAGUAACAUGGCGGGUGUUAACGUAACGACGAUGACGACAACGUCAACUACACAAGCACCUUUCAAGCUCACACGAAAUUCAUUACAGAAUUUAAUUAGAAGAAACUUGCGCGGAUUAGUGAGACUUUUCAAUAUCGAAUGGCAGGAUGCCCUGAAUCAAUCAGAGGCAAAUGUGAGAGAAUUUCAGAAGAACCUCGGGAAUCAAGUAGGCAGCUUUCUACAAGAUAAUCCGGAUGCUUUUUAAAUGUUACAGAAUCAACAUUACGCAAAAAGAAGUUAAAUAAGUGGUAAAAUAGACAUAAAAACCAAAACUUUUUCAACUACAUGUAGUGACACACGUGCGGCAAACAGUUUCAUAAUUUAGCCAAAGAAUAUUGUUGUCACUGGAGAGAUAAUAUUUAAAUUUAUAAUAAUAUUUAUACUUUGUUGAUGAAAUACAAGAUAUUUAUAAUUCAAUUUAUAAUUCCAUUUGUGAAUAGAAGAAAUAGAUGUAAGAUGUUUUUAUUAAAUUUUAUGACAUUUUAUUAUUAUUUAAAUGUGCAAAAUUUAAUUUAAUUUAGAUAUAAGUAAGAAAUGCAUGUACAGUAUAUGAUGUACAUUAUCUUCUGCUACGUUCUUGUUCAAAUUAAAUGAAUUAUCGACGAU